AUGCGGUCUUUCCUGCUCACCACCCUCGCUCUCCCAUCGGUCUUCGCAAAAGCUCAAGAUGCCUACGACUACCUGAUCGUUGGAGGCGGCACCUGUGGCCUCGUCCUCGCCAACCGACUCACCGAGAGUCCCAAUGUGACAGUCGCUGUCAUCGAGGCUGGAGAUUCCGUCAAGGACUCGUACAACGUGACCCAAAUUGAGAACUACUUCGUCAAUCUGGGGACUUCGAUCGACUGGGCCUACCCAAGCGUACCUCAAGAAUACACCGAUGGCAAAGUCUUGACGUUCAACGCUGGAAAAGCGCUGGGAGGAACAAGUACGAUCAAUGGCGCGACCUACGUUCGAGCUUCCAGGGCACAGAUCGAUGCGUGGGAAGACCUGGGAAAUGAAGGCUGGAACUGGGACUCCCUGUGGCCGUACUAUCUGAAGAGUGAGCAUUUCCAACCACCGACUCCUGAUCUCGUGGCCAAAGGGGCCGAGUACGAAGCAUCUGCCCAUGGCACUGGUGGCCACGUGGGUGUCGGAUGGAGCAAUUACACCAUGGGCGGCAACGCGCAUUCUGUGAUCAAUCAGACGUACCAAAAUCUCGGUAUCCCAUACAACAGAGACCAGUCUACGGGUGAUUUACAUGGGUUCUCGGUCUUUCCAAGUACUAUCGACAGCAAAUUGGAGAUCAGAUCGGACGCCGCGAGGAGCUACUGGUAUAGCAUUGAAAGCAGGCCGAACCUUCAUCUCUUCACGAAUACACUGGCUGAGAAGAUACAAUGGAGUGCGCUCAAACCGCAGCCCAAGACGUCCAAACUCGCAGCAUCUGGAGUGCAAGUUCGACCGAUAUCUGGUGGAGACUCAAGGACCAUCACAGCUCGAAAAGAAGUCAUUCUGUCGGCCGGCUCGCACAAAUCUCCUGGUAUGUUGGAGCGUUCAGGAUUUGGCAAUCCGAACAUACUCUCCAAAAUGGGCAUUCCACUCAAGUACAACUUGCCUGCAGUUGGGGACGGCCUUCAAGACCAACCCAAUGUCGUGAUCCUCGCCAACGCGAGCACGAACUGGACAGGCUACACGCCAUACGUAACUUAUCCAACAGCUUCCGACCUCUUUGGCGCCAAUACUUCGAACGUGGCGAGACACGUGAGCGACCAGAUUCCUGCAUACGCUGCGACCAUUGCGAGCAAGUCCAACAACGCCACCACUGCAGAUGUUGUGCAGAAGCAGCUUCGUAUUCAGGUAGACCUCAUUUUCAACAAGAGCAUUCCAGUGGGUGAGAUCUUGACGGUCCCGUCAGAGACGCAGAUACUUGCAGCAUUCUGGCUGUUGCUGCCUUUCUCACGCGGAAGUACACACAUCAGCAGCACAAACACGAGCGACGCACCGCUUAUCAGCCCGAACUUCUUCAUGCUUGACUGGGAUGCUAUAGGUCAAACGGCUAUUGCGAAUCUGGUGAGGCGAGCUUUCCACACGGGACCACUCGGAGAAUAUACUGGAGCAGACAUCACACCGAACACCACUGUUGUUCCCAAUGGAGCAGGAGUGGAGCAAUGGUUGCCCUAUUUCAAGCAGAGCUAUACGCCCAACAACCACCCUGUAUCCACCUGUGCCAUGAUGAGCCACGAGCUUGGUGGGGUGGUCGAUCCCGAGCUCGUCGUUUACGGAACACAGAACGUGCGGGUGGUCGAUGCGAGUGUGUUGCCCUUCCAGAUCAAUGGCCAUCUCACGAGCACACUGUAUGCGGUGGCAGAGCGAGCUUCUGAUCUCAUAAAGGAAAGCGCGUAG